AUGGCUGCCUCGCCGGCGGCCUCGUCUCGCCGCAGCGCGGCAUCAUCAUCGGCAUCUCUCAAGCGCUCCGAUGACCAUCAACCCAAGUCCCCGACCAUUUCCGUCGAUACCCUCGUAAACCAUUUACUCGUUGCCAAGCGCUCCUUGUCCUCCAUGAAUCAUGUGCUGCGUGCCAACGAGCUUGCGACCGAGGCGCGACACUCUCACGAGGAGAUGCUGCUGCUGGCGGCGCAAACCGCUUUCGUCUGCAACUAUCUUCGCGAUCAAAAUGCCAUCCUGGUGCGCAUCAGGAGAAGCCUUCAGACCACCUAUGAAUGGGGCAAACGAGACUUCAAGAAGCUUAUCAAGGCCAUGGAUGACGUUGACGGUGCCUUGACGGGUACCAUGGACAUGCUUCGAGACACACAUGUGCAGACCCUCCUACAACCAAGCGAUAGAGAACGGAAGAGUUUGUUAGAUUUUGUCGAUGAAUCUAGCGUCCAUGGCAUGCGAGAGGUCAUGAAGAAGAGCAUACAGGACUUGCAGACUAUCCAACAAUCAUUCGAUGGAGAUCUGCUCCGCCUCGAAACCGAUAUUCGAAAUCUAGGACAGCGCAUAAACGAAUCCUAUCCCCAGAAACCGGGCGAUGAUGCACAUCUUACUCCCAUGGUACUCCUGCAGAGUCUCGACGAUCACUCGUCAUCCAUGGCACAGCUGUUGGCGUCGCUAACUAAGCACUUUGACAUGUGCGUCACCGCGAUUCGCACAACCGAAGGUGCAGCGGCCCUCGCACGCAGGAAGGCUGCCGAGGUCACGCAGUCACAAAGCAGUGACGGAGUGUCGAUAUCUGGCGUCAUUGCCGAGCAAGAGUCGCACAUGUCUGACCUCGAACCCAAGACGGCAGAAGACCGAGCGGAAAUGCUCAAGGUAGUUGUACAAGACGCAGACGAGGUUGAAGACGUUGUACGAGAGAUUCAAGAGCGCCUCGCGGCCAUGGAGCAAGAAUACACUUCAUUACAAGAGCAUGUAGACCAUUCAAAGGAGUCUUAUUUUGGUAUAAUUUCAGCGUUUGCAUUAGUUGGACAGAUUGGCGAUCGCAUCGACGACUACGUCGCCGCAGAGGAAGAUUUCAGACUGCGGUGGGAGCUGGAGAAGGAAGCCGUUUUUGGAAAGGUCAGAGAGAUGAACGAAAUGAGAGAUUUCUACGAGGGGUAUGCAAGUGCCUACGGCAGUCUUGUCCUAGAAGUCGAAAGGCGGCGGGCCGUCGACGAGCGAGUCCAGGGCAUCUGGCGCAAGGCCCAGGACUCGGUGGACAAGAUACUCGAGGCGGACCGCGUGUCCAGAGAAGCCUUUCGACAGGAUGUUGGCGAGUAUCUGCCCGCCGACUUGUGGGCAGGCAUGCAGGGCCCUGCCCAGAAGUGGACAGUUGUUCGCAUCAAUGAUGAUGAUUCGGCGGCUGCCAGCAUGGUAGGCAGGCCUGAUUCGGGGCAAGGAUCGAGGAUGGCGAGCACUCCGCGACCGCCUGCGGACUAG